UUUUAAAUAGUGAAUCAUCACAAGCUUUUAAAUUAGAAUAGUAUCAACUAAAAAACCAUUAUUAACGUUUUGAAAUUUAUUCAAGAUAUACAAUUAACUUUAUAGUUAGUAGAACUCUUUAACUUCUAUAGUAUAUAAAUUAAAAUUUUAAUUAACAAGAGGAUGAAAAAAUAAUUAAGAAAGUGAUAAAAUAUCAAAAUUUUUAUUAAUUAUAAAUAAAAAGUGAAAAAAAAAUUUUUUCAAAAAAAAUUUCAUUUAAAAAAUGAGUGUACGAGUAUUAAAUUUGAAAGUGUAUCGCAAGCAAAUAUUGGUACAGAAUCAACAAUAAAAUAAGAUAAAAUUUCGCAUCAUAUGAAACUGAAUCUUAAAAUUUUCAUAGCUACGUAACAAACUUAAAUUAUUUUUAUAUAAAAUGAGCAUCUAUUAGUGGAUACAUAUUUCAUUUAUUAUAUAAGUAUAUAAAUAAUAUGGAAUUUAUUUAAUAUUUAAAAAAUUAAUAAAUAAAGACUGUGUUUAUUAUACAGAAAAUUAAAAAUAUUUAGAAAAUAAUGAAUGUGAUAUUAAAAAUAGAAUGAAAUUAAUACAAAAUUAAAUACAAAAUUGCUUAGAAAUUUUACUGGAAACAAGAAAAAAGGAAAAAAUGGCAUCAAGAUCUCAAUUAAAUUCAAUGAUUUUUAAAAUGCAAGUUACUACGGCAUUGCUAUUACUAUUGAUAACAUUUAGUUUAGCAUUAGCCCAACAUGAGGAAAUUCCAUAUGCUGAAGUUGAAAAUAUUUGUAUAACAUGUUCAUGCCAAAAUUUCACUAACACAAAAAUUCUAAACUGCCAUGAUAGAAGUUUAAAGCAUAUUUUAGCAAGAUGGCCAGAACAAUUUGGUACCAAUCACACAGGAAUCGAAAUACAUGCUACAUUUUCAAAAAAUGACAUUGAAAUUUUGCAACAAUUGCCAGCCACAGAUGGAAUACUAUAUUUUAGUGCGAGAAGAUGUAAAAUUCAAAAAUUGCAAUCAAAAAUCUUUAUUGAUUCGCCAAAUAUAUUCAGACUUGAUUUAAGUUUUAAUCAACUAACUGAAGAAGCUUUAACACCAGAUGUUUUUAAAGGGCCAUAUAAUGAACAUGAAUAUGAAUCAAUUAAACUUAAAGAACUAGAUUUAAGUUAUAAUUAUAUAAGAGAUUUAGAUUCAAAGUUAUUCGAACAUAUUAAUCAAUUAUCAGUACUUAAUUUGGCACACAAUAGGUUUAGUAAAUUUGAUGAUGGUGCUGCUGAAGCAAUUGGUUGCUUAAAAUAUUUGGAGGUUUUAGAUAUAUCUUUUAAUCACAUAAAGAUUCUACCCGACAAUAUAUUCCAAAACUUAAAUCUACAUAAUUUGAACUUAAAAAAUAAUAAUUUCACAUCGAUUCCCAAUUCUCUGAAUAUGGCGCACAACUCAUUAGAGUCAUUGGAUAUUUCUUACAAUCCAAUUGAAAAAAUUCAUACAGAUGAUUUUAACAAUUUUAAUAAUUUAAAAUAUUUAAACAUGAGCGAUAUGAUGACUUUAAAGAAAAUUGAAGUUGGAACAUUUUCGGUAUUAACAAAAUUAGAAGAAUUACACUGCAAGAACAACUUCUACUUAACAAGUAUACAUUUACCAACGGAAUCGAAGUUUUUGAAAAUAUUGGAUAUUUCAAAUGGAAAUUUAAAUUCGAUAGUAUUAGAGGUGGACUUGUUACAUAAUGCAUCUAAAAACGGAACAUUAAACUUCUGGCCUUAUAUUAAAACUAUUAUUUUAGCUGAAAAUCCAUGGAAUUGCGAUUGCACACUAGCAGAGAUACUAAAACAAUUUAAAAAUAUUACAAUCGAAAAAGAUGAUUUAUCAAGAUGUUCAUCACCUAUUGAGUUAACUGGAACAAAAUUAAGUGAUUUAAAUGCAGUUGAAAUUUGUAAUGGUCAACAUAAAAAUCGGUUCAUUAUAGAAGAUCCUAGUUCAUCGUAUACUCCAUAUGUUUUAAGAGCAAAGCAUGUAGUUUACAUUUUAAUUACUAUAGGUUUAGUUAUUUUAAGUGGUAUUAUAGUUGGUUUUGGUUUAAGUUAUGGUCGUAGAAGACUAAAAAGUGAUGUCAUUCGUUUAAAAAGUAGCCCUAUAAGAUACAUAUCUGUAAGAAAUUCUUCUUAGCUUUAGUAAAUAAAAAAAAAACACAUUACAGUUAUAUUAAAACAUAACGCAAAAGCAUACAUACAUACAAAAAUUUACAUUUAUGUUAAUUUCAUAAACAUAAACUCUUGCCAAAACCAAAGACUUCUUAGAAAUAAGCUACUACAUGCAUAUAUGUACAUUUUGUCAUAAUGAAAUAUCCUUUAAUUUUUACAUAAAAUUAGAUUAUGAUAUUAGUAAUAUUAUGUACAUAUAUAUAUAUCAAUAUGUAAUAAAAUAUAUUAUAAUUAAUAUAAAACGAGGAACAA